GAUCGAAUCUCUUUCAACAUAUGUAACUACCCUAAGGCCCAGAGACUACAUAGAGUCUAAACGUGGUUCUGAUACAGUCGCAUGGAUUGCGCUGGCAGCUACGAUCAGGAUUCCACACCAGAUGGAGCGAAAAUAUACUGCAAAUGGUUGGUCCGAGUUAGAAUGCCAUGAAACUUUGAACUCGAACCUGCCUCUCAUAAGCAUAAUUUAUCUCCUAUCGUCUUAUUGCAGUACAACACCUGCUCUCUGACCUUAUCCUCUCUAUCGUUGAAGGAGAUCUAGCAUGCGUACUACGGGCUAUGCUGCACUUCUUUGCUGGUUUAUUUCGAGCGCAGUCUCCCUCUAUACCAAGAAAGGCUCGUUUAUUGGGUCAGAUUUCUUGACUGCUUUCGAAUGGGAUACAUUCGAUGAUCCCACUCACGGACGGGUCAACUAUGUUGACCAACAAACUGCCUUGUCAAAAAAUCUGACGAUUGCCUCUGAGGGAAAAUUCAUUAUGCGUGCGGACUACACCGACAUUGUGAUAAGUGGCUCUCGCGGACGUGACAGCAUACGCAUUCAUUCCAAAAACGCAUACGAUGACGCCAUUUUUAUACUUGACCUUUCGCACAUGCCAGAGGGCUGCGCUACUUGGCCUGCUUUUUGGACUCUCAGCCAGCUGGGUCCUUGGCCAAAUGGUGGUGAGAUUGAUAUUAUCGAAGGCGUGAAUCUACAGAACCACAAUCUCGCAUCGAUGCACACGACACCGAACUGUACGAUGUCCAACCCCUCGACAAUGCAAUCCACAGAUUGUAAUGCAGCUGUCAACAAUAAUCAAGGUUGCGGAGUUUCCUUCAGUGACUCGUACGCACUUGGCACCGAUUCGUCAUACGGCUCAGGCUUCAAUCUGCUGGGUGGUGGGUGGUAUGCUAUGCAAAAGGAUCCAGAGGCUGGUAUAAAUGUCUGGUUCUGGCCAAGGAACGACAUUUCUGUCCCGGUGGACGUCAGGGACUCCACAGUACCGUUUGUCGGACCAACAACCUGGGGUUCUCCCCAGGCACGGUUUCAGACAGGGCAGUACUGUGACUAUGAAACACAUUUCGACGCUCACGAAAUUGUCUUUGAUUUGACUUUUUGUGGUGACUGGGCAGGCUCAGUGUUUCCUAGUUCUGGCUGCAGCCCCAUGUCAUGUGCAGACUUCGUGGAUCAAAAUCCUUCAGCAUUCACUAACGCGUACUGGGAAAUCAAUUCCCUGAUUAUUUAUACAAAGGACACCUCAUCAUAG